GGAUAUGGGACUAGUUUUGAAAAGCUUAUUGGAACCCAGCCCAAUUUCUCCUGUCUGUCGUCCAAUGGAUGUAUCCAAGAAAUGUCUCAGAGUAGUUUGUUAUCAGUGAUGAGGCCUGUUAUAAUGGAUUAUUUAAUAUACAGCUUGUGCUUGUCUUGUGUGACUUCUCCCUAGCAUCAGGAGCCAAAAUACAGCAAAAACACACCACCUCCCAAAAAAAAAGAAAACCUUGAGAAAGCAUUGCGUUGUUGCACCUUUGGUACAGGCCCGUGUGUUGUCUAGCCGAACCUAAACAGCACUAAAGUGAACCUCUCUCCCCAUUGUCUCCUCCUUUUGUGCGUCUUUAUCUCUCGCGCAAGAAAUGUUGUGCUUUUGUUGUGCGCUUGUGUAAACAAGGGCUGUGUGAGAACUCGGCGAAAUUGAAGCAGGUGGCCGCUGAGGCUUUACUGUCAUGAGCAUUAAAGAAAAACAGAACACGGAGAAGGGUCAAAGCACAGCUGCGCGUAGGGGCCGACCCUACCUUGAAUCGACUGCUGACUUGUUUGAGCUGUUGAAUUCCAGGCAACCAUGACAGGGGGACAGGCAUUAGAUUUCCAGCAAAAAAAAAAAAAAAGAGGGGUGGAGGGGAGAAGAGGGAAGAAGAGGAGGAGGAGGAGCAGCAGCAGCAGCAGGACUGAUGAGCUCUGGCCCCGCCGGCUGUUCUUAACCUUCAACCUGUCUGGUCAGGUUUUUUAAGUCAUGAUGCAAGAAUCUGGGACGGAGGCGACAAGCAACGGACCAGCCAAUCAAAAUGGAGGUGCGAGUGUGGAAGGCGGGUCUAGGGAAGGACGACCCAAGAGUGCCACGCCGUCGAUGGAGGUGACCGCCGCCGACCUCCUGCAUCUCCAGCAGCACCAGGCUCUCCAAGUGGCUCGACAGAUUCUCCUCCAGCAACAGCAGCAGCAACAACAGCAACAACCCCAGUCACAGCAACUGCAGUCUCAACAAAACACUGGCCGCAAAUCCCCCAAAGCCAACGACAAGCAUCAAAGCCUACAGGUUCCAGUGUCAGUGGCUAUGAUGACACCCCAAGUGAUAACUCCACAGCAGAUGCAGCAAAUCCUUCAACAGCAAGUCCUGAGCCCUCAGCAGCUCCAGGUUCUUCUCCAGCAGCAGCAGGCCCUCAUGUUGCAACAGCAGCAACUCCAAGAGUUUUACAAAAAGCAGCAGGAACAGCUCCACAUCCAGCUCCUACAGCAGCAGCAGCAGCAGCAGCAGCAACAGCAGCAGCAGCAGCAGCAGCAGCAUGCAGGCAGCAAGCAGAGUAAAGAGCAGCAGGUGUCGGCACAGCAGUUGGCCUUCCAGCAGCAGCUCCUGCAGGUCCAGCAGGUCCAGCAGCAGCAUCUGCUCAAUCUUCAGAGGCAAGGACUGCUCACCAUCCAGCCUGGACAGACGGGCCUGCCACUGCACUCCCUCACUCAGGGCAUGAUUCCAGCAGAGCUGCAGCAACUGUGGAAGGAAGUGACAAACGCAAGCGUGAAGGAGGAGCACAUCAACAGCAGCAGCAACAACGGCCACCGGGGCCUCGACCUGUCCUCCCCGGCGCCGCCAAAGAACACACUCCUCAACCAGCACGCCUCCACCAACGGGCAGUACAUGAGUCACAAGAGAGAAGUAUCCACGCUAGAAGAGACUUCCCCCCACAGUCACCCUCUCUACGGUCACGGCGUGUGCAAGUGGCCCGGAUGUGAAGCGGUCUUUGAUGAUUUCCACUCAUUCCUCAAGCAUCUUAACAAUGAGCAUGCCCUGGAUGACAGGAGCACGGCCCAGUGUCGGGUGCAAAUGCAGGUCGUACAACAGCUGGAGCUGCAGCUAGCAAAAGACAAAGAGCGUCUGCAAGCCAUGAUGACGCAUCUUCAUGUCAAGUCCACGGAGCCCAAAGCCACCCCACAGCCGCUCAACCUGGUGUCCAACAUCACAUUGUCCAAGUCGGCCCCCGAGGCCUCUCCUCCUCUGAGCCUGCCCCAGACCCCCACCACGCCCACAGCGCCGCUCACGCCCCUUUCCCAGACUCACUCCGUCAUCACAGCCAACAGCCUGCACAGCAUGGGCCCCAUGCGACGGCGCUACUCAGAAAAGUACAACAUGCCCAUCUCUCCAGAUCUCAGUCAGAACAAAGAGUUUUACAUGAAUGCAGAUGUUAGACCGCCGUUCACGUACGCCUCACUAAUAAGACAGGCAAUCCUCGAAUCUCCAGAAAAGCAGCUAACACUAAACGAAAUCUACAACUGGUUCACACGAAUGUUUGCAUAUUUUAGGCGCAACGCGGCGACGUGGAAGAAUGCAGUCCGGCAUAAUCUUAGUCUUCACAAGUGUUUUGUGCGAGUAGAAAACGUAAAAGGGGCUGUGUGGACAGUCGACGAGCUAGAGUUCCAAAAGAGACGGCCUCAAAAGAUCAGCGGAAGUCCAGCCUUAGUGAAGAACAUUCAGACCAGCUUGGGCUAUGGUCCGACCCUCUCUGCUGCCUUCCAGGCUUCAAUGGCAGAAAACAACAUACCUCUAUACACUACUGCUUCUAUUGGAAGUCCCACCCUCAACUCCCUGGCUAACGCCAUCCGCGAGGAGAUGAAUGGAGCGAUGGACCAUGGAAACAGCAACGGCAGUGACAGCAGCCCGGGACGCUCGCCCCUGCCAGCUAUGCAUCACAUCAGCGUUAAGGAGGAACCACUGGACCCCGACGACCACGAAGGGCCCCUCUCCCUGGUAACGACUGCCAAUCACAGUCCGGAUUUCGAUCACCACAGAGAUUACGACGACGACCAGGGCCACGAUGACAUGCUGUAAGGCUAGCGCUGCCCCCCCCACCCCAACCCACAACCACCACCACCCCCACCCUCCUCCCGGCCUCAGAGGCAGAGGCAGUCUGGGUCAUCUGGGGAAGCGGGAAAAACGCUCCGCAGAUAACAAACACUGAACUGCAGUCUCAGCCACUGAUGACAGCUCUCAAAAUGUCUCCAAGUAACUUUUUAGUGCCAUUACAAAACAUAGCAAGAACACACAGAAUACGGCCCCACAUGAGGGUCUCUUCUUUUUUUUUCUCUCUCUCUCCUCGAUUACUUUCUACUUUUGAUUUAAGUAAAGCUUAAAAAGAAAAAAAAACUUUAUUUCUACUCAUGUGUCGGAUGGACUUUGUUUGGUACGCGGCGACGUGUUCGUGGUCAGAGUUCGCAGAGACCCUUCGCCUCGCGGGCCAGGACGGACUGAACGCAGCGGACUGCAGAGGGGUCGUGUCUCUCCCCCUCUCCCCCUUCCUUUUACUUCUCCCCUCUCUCUCUCUCUCUCUCUCCUCCUUUCUCUGAAGAAGACACACACAUCUGACCACAAACUCAAGAGAGAGAGAGAAUGACUGACAUUUAAUUUACACCGUGUGUGCGUUUCUGUAUGUGUGUGUGCGUGCGUGCGUGUAUGUGUGUGUGUAUGUGUGAGAGGGAGAGCGAGUGCGGACUUCUGUUCAUUGUCACUGCCUUCAACACUUUGCAUUGGUGGGAGGGAUGUUGGGAUUAUUUUUUUUGGGUGUAUUUUUAGAAGGGUAAGAGGUUCAAAAUAUCAACAUUAUGUGUCUUUCCAUCAUUCAAUGCUGUUAUUGAUGUUGCAUCUUUUUUUUUCUUUUUUUUUUCUUGUCUUUAAACUGAUCAGACCUCAUGCCCAUGCUGUGGAGAUUCUGUGUGGUCAGCACUUGAUGAUGAAUGUUUAUGAUUUCCUUUCAUGUUGUUCUUUAAAAAUAACACACACACACACACACACACACACACGAAGCAGAAUGUCUGAUACCAAGUAGUAUUUUUCUGUCAUUUAUUCCGCAAUCUUCUAGAAAAAAAAAAAGUCACCACUCUGACAUGUAGCCCAACUCCCCUUCCAAUCCCCAGCCCCCCCCUCCAUCCUCCACCCACACUCCCUCCUUCCCUCCCUCCCUCCCUCCCUCCUGCUCAUGAAGUCCAUUGGCAAUGCACUACUCAUAAUGAAGGCUCUUUCCACGCAUCAAUGAAGUUUAAUUUAAGAUGCGAAUGAAUGACAGAGAAAUCAUGCAGGUUAUGAUUUAUCCUUAUGAAAUUAUACUUUAAAACAGCCCCUCACGGAAGAACAUGUUGAGCUGCAACACAAUUUCUGAUCACUUACAAGCUCCGGGUUCUUUUUUUUUUUUUUUCUAUAUAAAAGGAAAAUGAAAAUGUCAGGUGUGCACCGGCGAGAUAAUGAUUUAGACCAACUAAUUGUGAUUCCUGAACACAACUGUCAUUGUUAAUCAAACGUGUCAAGUUUUUUUUUUUUUAUUCCACACACACACACUGCAAUUUCAUUCAGUCCAGCCCCUCUGAAGAUAAACGUGCAUUCCCUGUUAGUUUUAUUUGUAUCACGCGCAUGACUAGUUUGAAGUUUUUUCCAUAAUUUGUGCACCAGACGCAAAAACUGCUGGUGGGGACAUAACACCUACACAUCGCACAUUCCAGCAUGUGACAGCAUUCACAUUAAAGGGCCCAAAUCCAAUCAAGGAAAACGCCAUUUUUUUAGGGAAUGUGGAUACCUCGAUACCUGUUCAGUGUCGCCCCCCCCCAAAAAACGCCAACAUUGAACUGAAGUGGAAUCCACACACACACACACGCAGCAACAAAAAUUCCAAGCUUUGGUGAACAGUUAAAAAUUGAAAAAGAGACCAUGAAUUUCAAGACAAUUGCAAUCAACCACUUUUUUUUUUAUUUAUUAUUAGUAUUAUUAUUAUUUGAUGUUUUAUUUGGCUUUUUUUUUUCAUUGUUGUUGUUUGUUGAUGUGUUUUUAAAUAUCUUGUUCUGUGACUACCAAAGAUAAACUACAAAGUCAAUGUUGUGUGUUCCAUGCAAUAGCAGACAAGGCCAAAUAUCUCUCCUCCAUUCUCUCCCAUUGGGUGAUCAGAUGAGUCUGGCCAAUGGCGGAUCGAAUUGAGAGAGGGUUAAAAAAAAAAAAAAAAAGAAGCUCCUCAAACUGGUGUUUUCAUUCAUUUUUAUUAAAAACAAAAAAACCAAAGGGAAGGGAAGGGGGGGGGGGGGCAGCUGCAGUAAUGUUUGCAGUGACCAAAACUGAAUGGGAGGUGCUGACAGUCGGACUAGAUUAUGACCAAAUUAGGGAAAUGUUUUGUCUUUGGGCCAGUGAGUGGGGAAAAAAGGGAGCUUUUUGGUCAGGAGCAGAUUUGUGUGCAACAUGAAAGGGUAUGUAGAUAAAAGUUGAUGAUGAGGGGAGGAAAAAAAAGCUAUACCGGUAAAUGGAAAAAGCUUUGCAGAGAACAAUGUGAAACGGAUUCUAUACUUCGACUGGACCACACAAUGAUUCAAUGUUUCUCUUUCUUUUAUUCCUUUUUUUUUCCAUUUGUAUCCUUUCAAUGAUUGUAUGCCACUUUUUAGGUUUCUUUUUUUUUUUUUUUUUUUUUUAAAGCGUCUUGAACCCGGGAUUCCGCUGUUCUUUGUUAAGAUUGAGCAAGACGUUAUGAUUGUGUUUUUAGUUUCUGUCAACUUAUUACUUUUUUAUAUUAAAAAACACUCCUGUCAACUAAUAAGCUGGGUACAAGGUACUUUAUGGCAGUUAUUGUUAUUAUUAUUUUCUAAGUUCAUCGCUCAUUAACUCAAAAAAAGGAAAAAGGGGCAAUCUGUGGUUUCCAGAAGAUGUAUUUAAUAUCCAGGCAGCUGUGGGAUGGGUCAGUAACAGCCAGGCUAGGAUCGUGAGAACAGGGCCGAGCUCAUCCACAACCCCCCCUCCCUACCCCCCCAAGUCCCUGGCUGGUUUGUUUGGUAUUCAAAAAGGAGGAAAAAGCGCUGGUAGAUUAGAACAUUCUCAGCAUGUGUAGCUUGACAUUACUAAAGAUAACAGCAUGAGAAAACCGUUAGUACACAUACCUCAGUUCAAACCUAUAGGGAAUGAUUCAAUUAAAAAUGAGAGAAAAAAAAACAAACAUUUCACUCAGUUGCACUUAGUUGUAUGUCUUGCAUGUGUAGUCUGAUACUGUAGAGAGAAAAUGACAAAAAAAAAAAAGAAGAAGAAUAUGGAAUUAGAGAUUGUUUGUCUUAAAGGUUUCAUCCUGUUUGUUUUUUUUUGCCAAACCAAUCCAAACCUCAGGCCUUUUUGUUCAUAGAAAUAUCACCCAGCUGUGUGUGGCACCACUCAUCCUGUCAAAGUCUGUUCUCUGAUGGGUUGUUUUAAGGGCGUUCCAAUAUUAGGUUGUACAUACAUGUCAGUAUAGCCUUUGUCUUUUCCUGUCCCCUCUCUGUCUCUCUCUCUUGCUCUCUCUCUGUUUUUUUUUUUAAUUUUAAAUCAAAAAAAUACAUUUGUGUUAUGAUGUUUGCUUUAUCGCGACUGCUUUGUAUUAACUAUGAAAUAGCUAUGAGAAAAAAACUGCUGUAUGUAUUGGAAUAGCAAACUGUGCUGCAAAUGUAUUUUACUUAGUAAUCCUUGCUUUAAAAAAAAAAAAAGAAAAAGAAAAAAAAAAUCACAUCAUCCACGCAGACAUCUGGGUGAGCUGGGCAGGGGCAGGCUGGGGGGGAGAUUAUCCCCGAUUUUGGAUUUUAAAAACUGUAAUAUAGAAAACAGACUUUUCUCUGUUAUCAUUGACCUAAGCAUUUUGUACAGAUUUUUUUCCCUCUUUGUGUUAAGCUGUUUUUGAUACUUCCUUUUGAUGGUCCAACCACUGCCUUCUGUGGCUGUAUGUUAAAGAUUACUGCUCUGAGAAAAGGGCAGACAGGUAUAUUUCCUCUACAAGAAGGAGAUAUCUUGCAUGACUAAUCCCAGGGUCACAGAGAUGGAGGGGAGGGGGGUAAAAUAUGGUUUAAGUGGUCAGUAAUAAUAUAAGGGUGUAUCAAUCUAAUGAUAUUUUAUAUGAAAUUAAUAGGAAAAAGAAGAAAAAUAUGCAGUGCCAAGAUGUAAAGAAUAUUGUUAAAUGCUGUCUCUCUUUUGUUUUUUCUUCCUUUCAAAGAAAUUUCAUUUUCUCGCGCAUCAAAGAUGUGUCCUUCUCAUUCAUGUCAUGUUUGAACACACACCGCAUUUUGUUCGGCAUCAAGAUAUUUAUAUUUUUUAUCUCAAGGGUCAUUGUAAAUGAGUCAAACCAAGCACAGCAGGAGGACACAGGUCAAAGGUCAGACGCUGCUGGAGACUCGGGAGUGUAACGUCUGUAAACGCCGAAACUGCAACCGCGCGGCAUCAGAUUCCCGACAUCACGCCCAAGUUUAAAACACCAUUGUUUCAUCCAUCACCAACCAUCCAGCCCGCUGUCAUUCCGUCCCCCUCUUUCUCUCUCUCUCACAUCACACUUUUGGGUUUUGUUUUUUUUUUUCCAGAUGGAGAGGGUUGGGAGGGUGGAAAGGGGUGGGAAGGGUGUGUGUGUGUGUGUGCGUGUGCGUG